AAAGCAAAUUUAAAAAAAGCAUUAAGUAAUAGUUCUUAUGCAACCAAUCCAAACACCUGGACUUGCUCAUAUGCUACUUAUCUUAAUAACCGUUUUCUUCUUUGUAAGCACUUAGUGCAAUCUGUCCGCCCACAAAAGCCAAGUUUUUUUAAUGAGGUUAAACGUUACAGAUCUCCACCUUUUUGGAGGCAUGAAGAUUUAGUCCCAUUGGUGCAAGGUUUAAAUCCAAUAAAUGAAUUCGACAAAGAAGAUGAACCAAUAGAAGGAAAUAAGUUUAGUGAAUUGGAGGAACAAGCAGAGAAUGAUGAUGAACAAUCAAAUGAUGAAACUGACGAUGAGCUUAUAGAAGUGCUUCAAGAAUAUGAGGAAGAUGAGGCCAAUGUUAGUGAUAUUGUUGCUGAACGAUGGGAUGAAGUUAAUAGUCGUGUUACAGAAAAACUCCAAAA